CGAUAAUUGACCAAUAGGGACUGAUCCGCCAUGAGACGUAAACUUGAGGAAGUGUGUUCAAUCUAUUUUCAUUGUGAAAAAACAAGGUAAAUUUAGCUAUUCAUUUAAGACUGUUAAGUGAAAAGUGUACACAUAUAGUUUUCCCAACAUGGAGGAAACAAAAAGCGCAUGGAAAGAUAAAUUUUCGAGUAAUUUACCACCAGAAUUCAUUUCACGAUUGGAAUGUGAAUUAUCGAAGUGCGAGAAUGACCCUGGGGCUGGGGAUCAUACUCAUGCGUUGUCAUGUGCUAUGGAUAUAACAAAAUCGAGGAUAAGGGAAUUAAACAAACAGUUAAGAAAUGAGGAGUUCUUCUAUGAAGUUAUUUCUUCAGUUGUCAGUGCGAGAAAACGUUCACAACGGAAUGCUGAUAGUGACAAAGUUGACGUUUCAGCAAUGUAUGCAAAAGUAAACAAACCAACCAAACUGAAAAUAGAUGACUCACCUGUGUUAAAUCAUGCUAAAAGUAUGAGUGAUCAGGCCGAGAAAAAUUCAAAUCACGAACGUUUGCUUAGCCAAACUAGUCAUACUUACGAAGAAAUUGGAUUUCAAAAUUCUGAAAUUCCUGACACCAAAGUAGAAGAAAAGGCUGGUGGGGUGGUAAAAAAGAAGUUACGUGCCUCUGUAAAGGAUAAAAUUAAAAUGUUUGAACGUAGUGACUCUUCAUCAGGUGAAGACAAUAUUAAUUCCCCAGAAGGUGAUUAUGCCCGUCUUGUUAUUAAACCUUCUGUGUCGCCAAAACCUUCCCCAGCUUCAAGACGCAGACCUCGAGCAAAUGAGUAUGAGGAAAUAAGUCUUCCUUGUUUUGCUUCUAAUAAAAAGCCUGACGAUCCAAGCAAUUCAAAAAUUCAGUGUCCACAAAUGACACCAAAUAUUGAUAAACCAGAUAAAACGUAUGCAGAAAUAGAAAGUUUACAUGAUUCAUCUAGUAAACAGGAAGGAUACGCUUCCCUGAGCGAUCAACCACUUGAAAAUAAAUCAUUUACUACUCAACAUCAAAAAAGACCUGCACCUCCAGUACCGUCUAGAAAAAGUCGUGGUAAGGACACUGAUAAAUCAGAUAAUGACGUUCUAAAAAAUACAGAAGCUUCAACCUUGAAGUAUAGCGAUCAUGAACCUCAGUUGUCAUCGAGUUUGAAACACAAACAAAUAAAUGAGGAUACAAAAAAUCAUAAUGACGCAUCUGAUAAGUUAUGCGGCAAGAUCGAUGGUAGUAUAGAAGGUGAUUACUGUUCCAUAAAGAGUGUAAAUACAGAUAACAAACAUGUAACUCUUGUGCAGGUCACAAGUGCUAAUGGCAGUGGAAAGAAUACAGGUAAUAAGAAUUUCUCAGUUUUAAGUAUCAGUGGAUCAGAAAGAGAAUUAUCAAGGUCAACUGAAGAUUUACGGAAUAAUAAAACAGGAAAACUGAGACGGUCUUCAAGUAAAUCUUUUGAUGAUAUUAAUCAGGAAGGACAUUAUGCAGAAGUAGAAUAUUCAAGUAUUAAUCCAGUUUCAGGUGACAGUUCAUCAAGUGACAAAAAAAUGAAAAAACUGUUUGGUCUUAAAAAUGGCAGUGAUUUGGAAACGGAUCCAGAUAAUGACUCAAAAGAACAAAUUGUAGGUAAGCAAUAUAAAUCACUUUCAAACAGUAGUGGCUCGGAGGAGGAGGACUUAAUGAGUACAGUUGUUGUAAAUUUUGAAAAUACUGAAGACCAGAAAAAAGAGUCCUCUGAAAAUAAAGUUUUGACGUCAAAAGACAAAAGGAGAGGAGUACCGGACUAUGAAAAGUGGACUUUCCAGACAUUGCUGACAUCAACAGGCAUAAGUGUUGCUGAAAAUGGGAAUUUGACAGACACGGGUAGUGAUGAUGAGACUCCGUAUGACAAUAUAGAUAAUGUGGUUGAUAAACACGAGGCUGUGUCGGGACAGAGUGAUGAUUCCGGGGUAUGUGAAUCAACAGAAAGUUCUUUGACACCUGAUGAUAAGGAAAAACUUUAUGAGGAAGUGUAUGAACCAAGAAAAAAAGAAACAGAUAAACAGAAUGCGUCCAGGUCACAAGCUUCGAGCAGCUCUGUUGGGUCACGCUUUUCCAGUGCUUCAUGUGUAACAGUGGAUGGUGAUGCUGUGUUUAUGCAGCGCAGUGAUAGUGUGGAGGGACAGCCAACCAUCCCAGAAGAUGAAGAUACUGUCAGUAUCUAUAGCAACGAUGACCUGGGUGAAAGGGCAGAAUUGGAAGAAGAAGUAGCAUUGAAGUACAAAAGCGAACAGCUACACAUGCGCCAUAUAGUGGUGAAAGGCAUUCUUGAGAGUGAAAAAUCUUACCUUCAUGUCAUAGAACAACUGGUCAAGGCCAAGCAUUACCUACAAAGUGUUUCGAUGUCGCAAGGCAGCCAAGCAAACAUAAUGUCCCUUGAAGACAUUACAACAAUAUUUUACAAGAUGGACGACUUUUUCCAGAUACACAAAGAAUUUGUUGAGGAGUUAACGGCAAAAGUGAAAGACUGGUCAGAUCUUCAGAGAAUUGCAGAGGCUGUCAAGCGGCUGGUGGUGUAUUUCAAAAUAUAUGAAGAGUAUGUGAACAACUAUCCCAAGGCUGUAGAGACAAUAAGAAAAUACCAGAAGAAUGAAGAGACCAGGCACCUGCUUGAGGCCGUGUUUAAGACACGUAUACGUUUAGGUAGUGUGACGAGUGUACAAUCUCAUGAACAGUUAGAAACUUAUAAAGAAGAGGCUUUGAAGCUCGAAGACGUUCUCCUGAAACCAGUUCAGAGAAUACAGACAAACCAUCUUGUGUUACAUGACUUGAUAAAGCACACACCAGAGAACCAUCCAGACUAUAAGGAUCUUAAAAAAGCAUUGAAACUAAGUGAAGAGAACUUGCGCAUGUGUAAUGCACAUCCUGGAAACCUCGGCAGUAACAAGAAUCAGGAAGCAAGGCAGUUGGUGAAGAGUGGAUUUCUCGUUGAGGUGUCACGAGAUAAGAAAGCCACCCGCCAAUUAAGAUACGUGUUCCUGUUUAGUGAUGUAAUUAUUUGCACUAAACACAAAGGAAGUUCAAAAUACAAAGACGUUUCUUUCAAAUAUGUCUGGUAUUUGCCUAUACCAGCAUUGAGCAUGCAUGUAAGGGGUGAUCAGAAAUACCAACCCAAGGAAAGCCUGGACGAUCUUAAGUGUAAGAUUGGAAGUCUGAAGGUGGAGCUGAGAGAGGAAAUGGUCCGGGCAGAUAGUACAAAGGAUAAAGCCUUUUCAAUAACGCAAAAACGAGCUGCUCGCAAUAUUGAAAAAUUGAAAAAGAAAAUCCAAGAGCAGGAGGCUACUCUGGUGGAAGCGUUGCCACGGUUACCUCUACACCUAGAGGUGGAGGGGUUCAGGCCCCAUACAUUCCUGUUCUCCACUGAUUAUGAGAGGGAAGAGUGGAGAGAAGCAUUAGAAUCACAGCAUAUCAAGUGUGAAGGUACGGUACCAGCCCAGUUAAGCAACCAUGAUAUAGAUGUUAUGAUCAAUACAACUAAGCUACACAUGCAGGUGAAUGGUAUAGGCACUGCACUCUUGAAGAAAGAUGAAGAAAUGUUAAAUGGAAGUUUAAAUGUGACAAUUCACAAAAUGCAAGGAUUAGAAAAACAUUGUGAUGUCUAUUGCUGUAUGGAGAUGGAUUCCUAUGGUCAUUUCUAUAAGAAGGCUCAGACGCGUGUCAGUCAGUUCACCACUGAUGCAUCAUGGAACCAGGACUUUGAACUUGACCUUGAUGGUUCCCAAACUUUAAGGAUAUUGUGUUACAGAAAACAGCCGGGCAAUGAAGAUGAUGUCAUAAUUGGGAAAUGUGCUCUUGAGUUAAGUCUGUCUUGGCUGAACUCGAAGUUUAAUGAGAAAACAAUAUCUAUGAAUGAGAUAUCUAUAACAAUUUCAAUUCGACACACCCCAGCCUCAAAAACACUGAAAAGGACACAGUCUAAAUUGAGAACUGGCAUAUUUGGAGUAAGAAUUGAAAAUGUCUUAAGACGAGAAAGCAAAACUGUGCCAUCCAUAGUGACUACAUGUGUUCAACAGGUGGAAUCCAGAGGUAUGGAUGAAGUCGGAAUAUACAGGGUGUCUGGUGUCACGUCUGAUGUGCAGCACUUUAAGAAACUGUUUGAUAAAAACGCGAUCGCUGCCAACGUGCAAGCAGAAGAAGCUGAUAUACAUGCUAUAACUGGGGUUCUCAAGCUGUAUUUCAGGGAGCUACCAGAACCAUUAUUUACUGAUGAUCACUACCAGUCUUUCAUACAAACUAUACAAUUACAAAAUGAAGAAGCAAAGGAAAAAUGUAUGUUGGAAUUGUUACACAGUCUUCCAGAAGCCAAUUACUACACCAUAGUCUUCAUGAUAGAGCACCUUGUACGAGUCGCCAAGAAGAGUCCGGUAAACAAAAUGUCUCAGAGCAACUUAGCGACAAUAUUCGGACCAACGUUGAUGCACCCUGCCAUGCAGGAUACGAACCCAGACCCCAUGGUUCAGAUGGCCCAAGCUGCUAAAGACGCUAGUGUUCAGAGCGAAGUUGUCUACUUCUUUAUUAAGUUGGCGGCAAGUGGCAAAAACAUUCGUAAAUCUGCUACGACAGAAAUAUCAUCAUUAUAACAUUAUUAUUCAGUUAGCGGCAAAUGGCAAAAGCGUUUGUUAAUCAGCCAAAACUGAAGGAUUGUCAUUAUGACUUAAAUAUUCAGUAUGCGGCAAGUGGCAGAAACGUGUAAAUUUUGCAAGAGUUGAAAAAACUCUUGAAAUAACAUCAUAACUCUUAAUAUUCAAUAAGUGGCCAGUGGCAGAAAACAUUGGUAAAUCCGCCACACCUAAAUCAUCUUCUGUAGCUACAAAAAGAUGAUUCAGCUAGUAAAUAUAUACAUUGAAGUCUGUGUUGUUAAUGAAAAGAAACUUGUUGAAAAAAUACAGGAGCUGUAAAUACAUUCAGUCAAGUGCGAUGUUACUUGCAGAUUUUGUUAUUCACUGUUGAUAUUUUUUUUGAAAGAUUUAUGUUCAUCUUGAUGUGCCUUAUAUCUUGGUACUGUGAAGACAACAUAGUGUGUUCAUUAGAUUUGUUUAACCACACACACACAAAGCAGAUGAACUGGAAAUUAUCAUUUGUGUGUAUGUAUGUAAUUUAUUUUUUAUAUAACCAUAUUGAUAAUGAAAGGAGUUAUAAUGGCAAAAUUACCGGUAAGUGUAUAAUGAAAUGUCAGGGGAGGCAACUCUUGUUAAAGACUUUAUUCAUUUUAUUUGCAUUUAAAUGCCUUUUUUGAACCUGAACUUUGUCUGUAAGAUUGAUAUAUGUAAAAACAAGGUUAAGUUUAUACCUGAUAGCGGUAAAAUGAAGAGAAAUAUUUAAUUUUGUAAACUGGUUUAAAUGAUAUGUGUUUUAAGUAUGAGAGGUUAAGAUUUCAUUUUGUUUGUGUUAUUCAGUUUGUUAUAUACAAAGAGAUAAACAACUGCUAAAGUAUGUUAGAUAGAUUAGGAGAUGUUUGACUCCAUUUCUUUUGAUUCUUUCAUUCUUGUGUCUUGGAUUUUAGCAUUUUUAUAGGAAAGACAUUUUUUCUGUUUUGCCAAAGCAUUUUAACUUAAUUGUUAAUGAUGCCACUAUUACAAGAAAUGGUAAAAUGGUGUGUUGUUUUCAUUUUGAAAAUAAAAUACAUUCAUACAAUAUAGAGCACAGA